AGAUGCAUUUGCUGCUAAUUGUAUUAACAAGAGGAGAUCCAAAAGAAAAUUGGCUAUAUUAUAAUGAGAGCAGAGGGAGUAUAUGAUGUUGAUGCCAAUACAUCUAUUUAUUUGCUAUCUAAGGACUUGAAUAUCAAAAUGCCAGAGGAACAUCAGUAUGAGACAGUAUCUGGUUUUUUAUGCGAAGGAUUUGGAUACAUCCCCAGAGCUGGUGAGAGCAUCAAAGUUGUCCUCGAAAGGGAUAAUCAAGAUGAUGAUGAUGAUGAUAAGCACGAUGAAGAUGGAUCCAAUCAUCAAGAUGUGACGGCAUCAAAUAUAUAGACUUGUGGUAUUGGCUACAAAUGCCUGAAAGGUUACUGCUGUUUGUUUUGAGAAGAUAAACAAUGGGGAAGCAAUGUCAGAGGCGAAAGAAGUAACUCAAUAGAUUCCCAAAAUCAUGAAGAGGAAAAGGAACGAUAACAAAUUGGAUAACAUUAC